AUGGACCGUGUUCGCCGACUUGUAUCCGACCAGGCGGCGUACGAGCCGCUCGAAGGCUCAGCCGAGGAAGAGGAUGGUGACCCAUCAUCAUAUACCGGGCCCCGGCCUGGAGCUCGUUUCUCGAGAUUGAUAUAUGGUGUCUUCUUCUUGUUGGGUGUAUCCAUGCUAUGGGCCUGGAACACGCUUCUUGCAGCAGCGCCAUAUUUCCACACCCGGUUUGAAUCCGAUGAAUGGGCGUCAACGCACUACCAGCCCUCAAUUCUGUCGGUAUUUACAGUCACCAACCUCGCCACCGUGGCUGUUCUGGCGAAAGUCCAGAAGAAUGUGUCUUACCCAUGGCGCAUCACAGUCGCUCUCUUGAUGACCAGUAUCGUAUUUACGCUGCUAGCCUUCUCCACGGUCAUCAUGAAGGAUAUCUCCGUGCGAGCAUACUUUGGCUUUCUCAUGGUCAUGGUGUUUGGUGCCAGUUUGGCGACAGGGAUUAAUCAGAAUGGCGUAUUUGCCUAUGUCUUGGGCUUCGAUAGGGAGGAAUACACUCAGGCCAUCAUGGGCGGCCAAGGGUUGGCUGGCGUGCUUCCGUGCAUUGUUCAGAUCCUCUCUGCCUUGGUGGUGGCUCCUACAAAGAAAGAUGACCAAGCUCCAGUACCACCGGGAUCGUCGUCGUCGAAGUCAGCGUUUAUUUACUUCAUCGCCGCAACGGCUGUCUCAGUUCUUGCGCUGUUGUCCUUCCUUCAUCUCGUCAAGCGACAGCCUACAGCCCAGCCGAAGUGGACGGAUGAUGACGACGAGACGGCUACGGUCAGUGAGCAUGACCAAUCCGUGGGUCUGUGGACUCUCUUCAAGAAGCUCAGGCUUACAUCAUCGUCCGUCUUCCUAUGCUUCGUGAUCACGAUGGUGUUCCCCGUGUACACGGCCGAAAUCGAGUCCGUCAAUAGCUCGUCGGGAUCUCGCUUGUAUACGAAAUCCGUGUUCAUCCCGCUGGCUUUUCUGUUCUGGAACGUGGGCGAUAUGAUUGGCAGGAUGGCGGUCUUGAACCCCCGGCUGUCUCUUGCUCACAAACCCGUCUGGCUUUUUGUGAUUGCCAUCGCACGUGCUGGGUUUAUCCCGCUCUAUCUGCUUUGCAAUAUCGGCGACCGAGGUGCCGUGGUGCAGAGUGACUUUUUCUAUCUGUUUGUUGUGCAGCUGCUCUUCGGUGUGAGUAAUGGGUUCUUGGCUAGUAGCUGUAUGAUGGGAUCAAGCCAGUGGGUUGCUGUUAGCGAAAGAGAGGCUGCGGGAGGCUUCAUGAGUAUGAUGCUCGUUGGUGGUCUGGCCGCGGGGAGUCUCCUGUCCUUUGGUGUUGCAAGUGCAUAA